CGGCGGCGAUGGCGCUGGAGACCCUCUCCCCGGACUGGGACUUCGACCGCCUCGACGACGGCUCGCAGAAAAUCCAUGCUGAAGUGCAGUUGAAGAAUUAUGGAAAAUUUCUUGAGGAGUAUACCUCUCAGCUGAAGAGAAUUGAGGAUGCUUUGGAUGACUCUGUUGGAGAUGUUUGGGACUUCAGUCUUGAUCCUAUUGCAUUAAAGCUUUUGCCAUAUGAACAGUCUUCUCUGUUGGAGCUCAUAAAGACAGAAAAUAAGGUUCUGAACAAAGUAAUAACUGUUUAUGCUGCCCUUUGCUGUGAAAUCAAGAAAUUAAAGUAUGAGGCAGAAACUAAAUUUUAUAAUGGCCUCUUGUUUUAUGGAGAAGGAGCCACAGAUUCCAGCAUGGUGGAGGGAGAUUGCCAAAUACAGAUGGGAAGAUUUGUUUCUUUCUUGCAGGAGUUGUCUUGCUUUGUUACCCGAUGUUAUGAAGUGGUGAUGAAUGUAGUGCAUCAGUUGGCUGUUCUCUAUACCAGCAACAAGAGUGCACCAAAAAUUAUAGAGACGUCAGGAGUUCAUUUUCAGACAAUGUACGAGCACCUGGGGGAAUUGCUGACGGUCUUAAUCACCCUGGAUGAAAUAAUUGACAAUCAUGCCACUCUGAAGGAUCACUGGACCAUGUACAAGAGACUGUUAAAAUCUGUUCAUCACAACCCUUCUAAGUUUGGGAUUCAAGAAGAUAAACUGAAGCCAUUUGAAAAGUUGCUGUUAAAACUGGAAUGUCAGUUACUUGAUGGAAUGAUAUUUCAGGCUUGUAUAGAACAGCAGUUUGAUUCCAUAAAUGGUGGAGUGUCUGUAUCAAAGAAUGGCACAUUUGCAGAAGAAUUUGCUCACACUGUUCGUACAAUUUUUGCAAAUGUUGAAGCUAAACUUGGUGAACCUUCGGAGAUUGACCAGAGAGAUAAAUACGUAGGGAUCUGUGGCCUCUUUGCGCUGCAUUUUCAGAUUUUUCGGACCAUAGACAAGAAAUUUUACAAGUCAUUGUUAGACGUCUGCAAAAAGGUACCAGCCAUCACAUUAACUGCUAACAUUAUAUGGUUUGCUGAUAACUUUCUGAUUCAGAAGAUACCAGCUGCUGCCAAACUUCUGGACAAGAAAAGCAUUCAUACAGUUAAAAUGCAACGGGAGAAUUUUCUACAGCAGAAGGCGCAGUCUCUUAUCAAAGAUAUGCAAUCAUAUUAUGUCUUUGUGAGUUCGUGGAUGACAAAAAUGGAGUCUAUCUUGUCGAAGGAGCAACGUGUGGAUAAAUUUGCUGAAGAUCUUUCUAACCGCUGCAACAUCUUCAUUCAGGGUUUUCUUUAUGCAUAUAGUCUUAGCACCAUCAUUAAGACUACAAUGAAUCUCUACAUGUCAAUGCAAAAACCUAUGACCAAAACCUCAGUGAAAGCACUCUGCAGACUUGUGGAGCUUCUCAAGGCAAUAGAACACAUGUUUUACCGAAGAAGUAUGGUUGUGGCAGAUUCUGUGACACAUAUCACUCAGCAUCUGCAGUAUCAGGCUCUUCACUCUAUUUCUGUAGCCAAGAAAAGAGUCAUUUCUGAUAAAAAGUACAGCGAGCAACGCCUGGAUGUUCUCUCUGCUUUGGUGUUGGCUGAGAACACCCUCAACGGACCAAGUACGAAACAGAGGCGACUAAUAGUUUCCCUUGCAUUGUGUGUGGGAACACAGAUGAAAACUUUUAAAGAUGAAGAACUUCUUCCACUUCAGUUAGUUCUGAAAAAGCUAGACUUGAUCAGUGAACUUGUAGAGCGAAUUCGAGCACAAUGUGACUGUUGUUUCUUAUAUUGGCAUCGAGCGGUCUUUCCAAUCUAUUUAGAUGACGUGUAUGAAAAUGCAGUUGAUUCUGCUAGACUGCAUUAUAUGUUUAGUGCACUACGGGACUGUGUACCUGCUAUGAUGCAUGCAAGACACUUGGAAUCCUAUGAGGUACUUCUGGAAUGCUAUGACAAAGAAAUCAUGGAAGUGCUCAAUGAGCACCUGCUCGACAAAUUAUGUAAAGAGAUAGAAAAGGACUUACGCCUAUCAGUUCAUACGCACCUAAAACUUGAUGACAGAAAUCCCUUCAGAGUUGGUAUGAAGGAUCUAGCUCACUUCUUCUUUCUGAACCCAAUACGCUUUUUCAAUCGCUUCAUUGACAUAAAAGCUUAUGUGACUCACUAUUUGGACAAGACCUUCUACAACUUAACAACUGUAGCUCUUCAUGACUGGGCUACCUAUAGUGAAAUGAGAAACCUCGCAACUCAGCGAUAUGGUUUAAGUAUGACUGAAGCACAUCUUCCCAGCCAGACUUUGGAACAGGGUUUAGAUGUUUUGGAAAUCAUGAGAAAUAUUCAUGUUUUUGUAUCUCGCUACCUCUACAAUCUGAAUAAUCAGAUAUUCAUUGAAAGAACUAGUAAUAACAAACACUUGAACACUAUCAAUAUCCGACAUAUUGCUAAUUCUAUUCGAACUCAUGGAACAGGAAUCAUGAACACAACAGUGAACUUCACUUACCAAUUUUUGAGGAAAAAGUUUUAUAUUUUUAGCCAGUUCAUGUAUGAUGAGCAUAUUAAAUCCAGACUUAUCAAAGACAUCAGAUUCUUCAGGGAAGUCAAAGAUCAAAAUGAUCACAAGUAUCCCUUUGAAAGAGCAGAUAAAUUCAACCGAGGCAUCAGAAAACUUGGAAUGACCCCGGAUGGCCAAAGUUACCUUGACCAGUUCAGACAACUCAUAAGUCAAAUUGGCAAUGCUAUGGGUUAUGUGCGAAUGAUAAGAUCUGGUGGACUUCACUGCUGCAGUAGUGCAAUUAGGUUUGUUCCUGAUCUGGAAGAUAUUGUUAAUUUUGAAGAGCUAGUGAAAGAAGAAGGGCUCUCAGAAGAAACACAAAAAGCAGCAAGACAGUUGGACUCUGUCCUCAGUGAUCUCACACGUAACUUUGCAGAAGGAACAGAGUACUUCAAAAUGCUUGUGGAUGUAUUUGCGCCUGAAUUCCGCAGUCCAAAGAAUAUGCAUUUGCGCAACUUCUAUAUAAUUGUUCCCCCACUGACCCUCAAUUUUGUAGAGCAUUCAAUCAGUUGCAAGGAGAAACUGAACAAGAAGAACAAAAGUGGAGCAGCUUUCACUGAUGAUGGAUUUGCUAUGGGUGUGGCUUACAUUCUGAAGCUUUUGGAUCAGUACCAGGAAUUUGAUUCACUGCACUGGUUCCAAUCUGUUAGAGAGAAAUAUGUGAAGGAAAUAAGAGCAGUAGCUAAACAACAGAGUGUGCAGUCCACUAAUCAAGAUGAAAAGCUGCUACAAACUAUGAACUUGACCCACAAGCGACUGGAAGUUUGUUUACAGGAAUUUGAACUGCUUUAUUUCUCACUAAGUAGUGCAAGAAUAUUUUUCAGAGCAGAUAAAACUGCAGCAGAAGAAAACCAGGAAAAGAGAGAAAAAGAAGGAGUGAAGAACAGUCUGCAGAGGUCCUCUCUGGAAUGAGUGAAUUUUAAGCCGGACUUCUGGAAGAAAAAACCCCAAACCUACCGCCAUCAACCCCCCACCCCUAAAGCCCCCCAAAACCGCAACCCAACCAACAAAAAAACCCAAAACCCUAGGACAGAAAGAAUCUCAGGCUAGCCAUAGCAUUAAGUUCAGUAGCUUCGACAUCCGGCUUUCCAUCUCUAUCACCAGUUCUGUUAAUGACAGUCUUCUCUGCACAAUGUUUGCUGGAAAACUGGUGUUUUUCACAUGUUGUUAAACAGCUGUUUUUUCAACUUAUAUAGGCAGAUGAUGCUUAGAACUAUUGUACCUAGCUUUCAUAUGUUUAUGAUGUAUUUUGGUUUACCAUUUAAUUACAUUCAAAGGUUAUCAUCUGAACGGGUGGUAAGGUCUCUUGACUCAUUAGCAUGAGAAUUUUGCUUUUAUAUGUACCCCCCCCCACAUGUAUGUACAGGUGUAUACAUUCUCCCUCCUGAAUUCCAGAAAAGUCUUUUGGUUUUGGGAAAUUAGCAUGUAUGUUUUAAAACCUCUUUUCAAAGAAAUGACAAUGCUUCCAAGGGUUAAGAUGUGAAAGCGCAAGUCAGUUACAAAUUACUUAGAAACUUAAGUCUCCUUAAGUUUCUAACUAUAUACUAAUAUCUGAAUAUACUAAUAUAUUAAAAAUUGAAUAGGUAAUUAAUUUACUCCAGUUCUGACAAAAACACUGGAGCGACCUGUGAGAUUAUUGUAAGUGAGACGAAGAUUGAUUUUUUUUUUUUUUUCCUAUACUAGGGAAACUAAUUUGUUCGCAAAGAAAGAGUUCUUUUCGUAUAAAUUUACUUUUGAUCAUGUUCAGUGGAGUCAUUCAAAUGAUUGUCUAACUUGGAGAGGGAGAGGAGGGGACCAUAAGCAGUGUGAUGAACAAAAAAGACGAAUUAUCCUCUCUCUUUUGUUAGAGACAUUCUAUAGAGCAGCAGUUACUGAAAUACGUUUCAGAUUAAAAUUCACUGUCACGAUACCCAUUCAAUUCUUUGUGGAAAAUAUAUUAGUAGUGAGAAAAGCUUGAAAUGCAUACCAGAAUGAAAAGCUGUGAACACAGUAAUAUUAUUGCCUUCUCUCAUAAUAUGUCGACUUGAACUCUGCAAAAUGUGUGAGCAUGUAUAUCAGUUUUUCACAUAAGUAGUUCUACUGGUGUGAAGAAAUCUCUCACCCCAAAUAUGGUUUUCUUCGCAGGGUCAGGAUGUUUUUAGCUACAAGAUCAGUUAGGAUACUCUGACUAUAGUAUACUGUAUCAAGUGUUUUAUAAUGUGAGCAUUAUACAUAAGCUAAGACUUUCUUAUUACUGUCUUAAAUAAAAUA